CGACACAACGUGUCCAUGUUGGUUGUUUACCCAGAGAGCGUGACGUCAGAGAUCUCCAGCGUCUCCCACGACUAUAUUAACACAGAGGACACCCUUCUCAAAACACCGGCACUCCUGUACCCUUCAGAAACAAUGAAUUCCGUGAUUUUCCUCUCCGCACUUUGCGUGGCUGUGGCCACAUCUGCUUUGGUCAAACGCCAGGCGCCUCAGAACACACCCCCUCAAGGCCCAUUCGGUCAAGGUCAACAAGGCCCAUUCGGUCAAGGACAACGAGGCCCAUUCGGUCAAGGUCAACAAGGCCCAUUCGGUCAAGGACAACAAGGCUCAUUCGGUCAAGGUCAACAAGGCCCAUUCGGUCAAGGACAACGAGGCCCAUUCGGUCAGGGACAACAAGGCCCAUUCGGUCAAGGACAACAAGGCUCAUUCGGUCAAGGUCAACCAGGCCCAUUCGGUCAAGGUCAACCAGGCCCAUUCGGUCAAGGACAACAAAGUCAGUUCCGCCAACCCCCCUUCGGCCAAUUCGGCUCCCAACAGCAGCCAGGCUCCAACUUCCCACAACCCCCUCAGGGAUUCCAACAAAAUGGGUUCCCCCAACAAGGAUAAUCACCACGACCUCGGUAUAAGAUUACAUUCCUAGGAAUUCAGUCAAGGCUGCCACUACGAACACGUCAUUUGUCGUGGUGAUCUCAGCCUUUUCUUUGUACCUUGGACACGACAGAAGCUUAAAAAAACCAUUACCAAACAUGUAAUAAAUGUGUGUCAAGUCAAAGGUG